UUCUCUUUCUCUCCCGAAGAUAAGGCAGAGAAGAGGAGGAAAGAGGCUCAAAAAAAAAAACAUAGAUGGAGAAGGAGGGUGUCACCACGGUGGUGGACCAACCGGCGCCGUCCAAGUUUCCGUUGACCUUUUGGGAAGCAACGGUGGCUUCAAUGGUGGCUAUGGUUUUCGUUAUAGGCAUUCUCUGCGUCUACCUCACCAUGCCCGAUUCUGAUUACAGUUUCCUUAAGCUUCCCCGCACCCUCCAGGACCUUCAGCUCCUACGAGAUAACCUUGAGAGCUAUACAAGUGACUACACUGCACAAGUCUUGGUGGGAUACUGCGUGGUUUAUAUAUUCAUGCAGACUUUCAUGAUUCCAGGGACUGUGUUCAUGUCAUUGCUGGCUGGAGCACUAUUUGGAGUCUUUAAAGGUGUGGCUCUAGUUGUGUUCACUGCCACAGCAGGAGCUUCUUCAUGCUUCUUCCUGUCUAAACUGAUUGGACGACCUAUUCUCUCCUCUCUCUGGCCUGAAAAGUUGAAAUUCUUCCAAACACAGGUGGCUAAAAGAAGAAAGAGUUUGUUGAACUACAUGCUUUUUCUGAGACUGACUCCGACCCUGCCCAAUACAUUUAUUAAUUUUGCUUCACCAAUCGUGGAUGUGCCUUAUCAUAUUUUCUUCAUGGCAACUGUUAUUGGACUGAUUCCUGCUGCUUAUGUCACAGUCAAGGCUGGUUUGGCUCUUGGAGAGUUACAAUCCGUUGGGGAUCUCUAUGAUUUCAACUCAAUUGCUACCUUGUUCCUCAUUGGUGUUGUUUCAGUUACACCUACACUAAUGAGCAAGAACGAGUCAUAGCAUUUCAGAGGCCAAGAAUCUUUGUGAAUGAAGCCCUUGUUCUCCUGACAGCUAAUAUCAGUUCAGUAUUGUACAGAUCUUAAAAAGAAAAAGGGGGGAAAAAAAAAACGAUUGCAUUGUGGUUCUCUGG